AUGGUGUUGCAAAAGAGGAUGGAUUAUGGAUUCAAUGGCUAUGAGGUGCCUCACACACCUCGAGCUGCUAGAUCACCAAGAAAGAGUGCUUUCAAGAAGAAAAGCGAAAACAAUCAAAUAUCGUCUUUCGAUUUAUUGGCUGCAGUAGCUGGAAAACUGUUGCUUGAAGGUGGAGGGAAUUCUUCUUCCUCAAGUAACAACGCUUCCGGUAAUAAUGAAGAUCAUUCUGCAGUUAAGAAAGAAGCAGAACCGGUUUAUGUCAACGAUCGAAUGAUGGGAGAAGAGACUAAUUCUGAUCAUCAUCAUGACAAUAAUCCUGAAAAGAGAUUCUUUGUCUCUGAGAUUCUUCCAAAAGCUCAUGAAAUACAAAGCCUCAACAGAUCUCCAAGUGAUUUCCAUAUUGGAUCUACCUCUGUUGUAACUUCUGAUUGCUCUGACAAGUUUGAAGCCCAAGAAUUGGCGUAUGAAGAAACCAAGAUCGACUAUAGAUCUGAGACUAAUCAUAAGAAACCAAUGCUUGGGAGGCUAAACUGUGAACCAAAGCUAUCAAGGAGUGUUUUAGCCAAAGAUGAGCAUCAUAUAUGUAAUGGAUUCAGGAAACAGAGUCCCCAAAAUCGUUCGGUAUGCUCUGACGAUAUAGAUUUACAUGGUAAGGAAAAUGAUGAUGACGAAAACUUCGCAGCCCGUUACGCAACAAAAUCAUUUAGGUCAACUCUGCGUAUAGGAGAUAGAAGAAUAAGGAAAGUUUUGGCUUCAAAGUAUUGUAAAGUUCCACCAAAGACGAAAGAUACAACAGUAACUAAUUCAGACUUGGACUUGAAUCCUAGUUAUUACAGCAAGAAACAUUCUCUCAGAAGCUUAAGAUCGGAGAGGAACUACCCAAUCAAGAAAAGAAGAUACUUUGAUGGUUAUACAGCACCACAAUCCGAAGAAACUGUUAAAAAUGAAGGCCUUUCUGGUUCACCUCGAAAGGCUUCAGCUUUUCAACCAUCCAUAACUUGUCAGAAGCAACCAGCAUUCCAAUCAAGAGAAUCUCACGGACACGUGAAACUUGGGAUCAAGUCAUUUAGAGUUCCUGAACUUUUCAUUGAAAUCCCAGAGACCGCUACUGUUGGUUCGCUAAAGAGGACAGUCUUGGAAGCUGUGACCACAAUCCUUGGAGGUGGAUUACGUAUAGGUGUUCUUGUUCAUGGCAAAAAGGUUAGAGACGACAGUAAAAUGCUUCUUCAGACAGGAAUCUCUCUAGACACUCUUUCAGAUACUUUAGGGUUUUGUCUUGAGCCUAAUCCUCCUCAAUCCACAAAACCGCCUUCUCCUGAAGAUUCUGAUCAUUUUGUGCGUCCGUGUAAUGUACCUCACACUCUAACAAGGCGUCUCCCAUCACCGGGGAAGCAUGCUAAACCGAGUAACUCUGUAGAAAGUGACCUUGACUCCAAACCCUCUGCACCAAAUAGGGCUAAACCAGUCUACUCAAGAGCCUUGAUUCCGGUUGCUCCUCUGCAUGCUCAGGCUGUAACCGUAGUCCCACCUCGGAAACCUAAGCGAUCCGAGGUGGCACAGCGCAGAAUUCGUCGACCUUUCUCUGUUGCAGAAGUAGAAGCCCUUGUUCAAGCUGUGGAGAGACUUGGGACCGGAAGGUGGCGUGAUGUAAAGUUGCGAGCUUUCGAUAAUGCUAAGCACCGGACUUAUGUUGAUCUCAAGGACAAAUGGAAGACGUUGGUGCAUACAGCGAGAAUAUCGCCGCAACAAAGGAGAGGUGAGCCAGUUCCACAGGAGCUCUUAGACCGGGUACUAACAGCUCAUGCCUACUGGUCUCAGCAACAGGGGAAACACCAGUUGCUUGAUGGAGAAGGACCCCAGAUGCUCGAGACCAGUCUUGGUCUAUAG